UCCCAUUAAUUUUUUUUUGGCCAAGUGAAUUUCAUGUUUUUUUGUUUAAUUUCUGUUACUUCUGCAGUAAGAAACAAACAAGCAUUAACACAUAAUAGUACAGAAAUCAUUCAGAUAAUGAUGCAUUUACCAUGCAGCAUCAAGAGAGAUCCCACGCCCAGAUAGGAGAAGUGAUUGCUUGCAUUGAAUUGAGAUGAGCAUGGGGGAGGUACUGAUUUCCUUGUCAGAAUCUGAGCUGGUCAUCUGAAGAUAAUGUAGAGUAUUGGUCAUGGUAUAAAUAUUUUGCUUCUGAUGCACUUAGUUCCUUUUCCUUUUAGUUUGGUUACUAGAUGAAAUGAACUUUCACAGGAGAAGCAAGAUUCAGCAGAAGCAGCAAGAUUGUCAGCAACGGCAUCUCAGGAGCCACCAAGAAAUGAACAAAAUAUCACACCCGGGGCUCCAGUGGUGGGCUCUAGUCCGGUGUCCAGUGAAAGAAACAGCAGCACAAAAGAGGCAAGACAUUUCAUGUCCAAGAUAAAAUUGAAAGCUGCCUGCACCUGUUUAUGAAUAAAGAAGAUGUGGUUAAGACACUAUUCGAACUAGAUGGAAUUGACCCUGCUGUUACAAGCUUAGCAUGGAAUCAACUGGAGGAAGAGAAGCCAGAAAUUUUCAAGGAUUUUUACACAAAGUUGAUUCUGGAAGAACCAAGCUCUACAUCCAAUCAAUUACUUGAGCAGCAAAACGAUCUUGAGAAUUUCCUUGCAUGUCUAGAUGAUCCCUUGGCUUUUAUUGAGGAAGACUUUCAACACAUUCCAGGCACAAGUUGGAGUCCAAGUGCUGGACAGAUGAAACUCCUUGACAUUCUACCCUGGGGAGACACCAUUCCGCUAGAGGUUCCAAUUCCAUCUGGUGAUCCCUAUAUUGAUUCCCUGAGCACUGUUUCCUGCAGACAACUUGUAAAUGAUGAAAACCCUGCAUCUGACAGUUUCCAUCCAGCACAAAUGAAUUUUGAGAGAUUGAUGGCCAUGGACAGAAAUGCAGCUGGUAUAGCACGUGUCCCACUCUUUAUAAAUUUGGAGAUUCUGAAUCCUGCAUCAGUUGCAGACAAUGAUCAAACAGAGGCAGAACAUGAUCCGAUCUUAUCUUGUCUGAACUCUCCAGAGCAACCUGGGCCUGUCUUCGGUUACUUGACAGAUACAAGUGAGCCAAAUUUCAAUCCAGGUUCUGCUAUAUUGCCUGAUCUUCCCGACUCAAAUUUCAAUCCUGGUAAUAGCAUAUUGCCUGACACUCCAGAGACAAAUUUCCAUCCAGAUUUCGGUACUUUACUUGAUCCUCCAAAGCCAAAAAUCGAUGUUGAUGAUUACUUCAACGUUUCUUCCUUGGACUCUCAAUCAGAAGAAGAAUCUUAAGGCAAGGCCUUGCAAUAUUAAUCAUGUCGGGAGUUGGAUCGCCUAGAUGUAGCUCAGACUAGAAAAAACCACUGAUUAUCUUGCCUGUAUGGAACAUCUAGCGCGUCAAGGAAGCAGGAGAAGAAAGAUUCCCAACAAGGAUAUCUCGUGAGCCCCCAAGAAACCACCAAAAUCUCUCGUAUGGAGGUGCUCCUAUGGCGGGCUCUAGUUCAGCGCCAUCAAGAAACCAUCAAAAUCCUACAGGUGGGCUCUAGUUCUGUGCCACUGAGAAACCAACAAAAUCGUACGCAUGGAGGUGCUAUUGUGGCAGGCUCUAGUUCAGUGAAACCAAGAAACCAACAAGAUCUAACAAAAGAAGGUGCUCUUAUGGCGGGCUCUAGUUCAGUGCCACCACAGCGUGUUCUGCAGGAUUCUAUUGCAUCUCAUAAUGCUUCAUUGGCUCCCAUUCAAGAAGGCAGUCAGCCCAUACCAGGUAAAUUCUUUCCACAACAUUCUACCAUAAUGUGCCCGUGCCCGUGGGGGUUAAACCCAAACUACUUUGCUACUAAGGCUCAUUUAUGACUCCUCAUCUUCCUAUUAAAAAAACUACACCUGGUGCUCCCUGCAAGUAUGUAAAUGUUGUAUGCAAUUGCUGGAGCAUCUCCUCUUAUGGCUACCUUCCUUUAAAAGUUCUUGCCGGAUCAUGACACAAAAAUGCUGUGACUUUCGACAAUCUUAUGGGAGUCAUAAACACUAGGAUUCAAGGGAGAGGUUUUAGACCUCAUAAAAUAUCAUUGAAGAUUAAAUGUUGCCAAGGAUAACCUUUCCUUCUGUUCUGUUCUGUGCUAUGUUUAUCCAUUGCUUGCCUUUAUCCGCUAGGUUUCAAAUUCUUGACUUGUCAAAUUAUGUUCCUUUUCCAACAGCUCUGACAUUUUUCUUUUCGUGAAUCAAUUGAAACCAGAACUAUUAGACAAAGUUCGGUAUCUGGAAAUAUUCGAAUGCAUUCAACUAGUACUCGAGACAUUCUGAGAACAAAUAAACCUAUCCAAGCACAACAACAAAAGCAAUUUCCUUAAUUUUCACUUAACUGUUUUUAAGUCGUUAUUCAUUAUGCAGGACCUCCUCCUUGUUUUCGUUAUGCAAGCCUUAAAUUCUCAGUCAUGCCGCUGAAGUAGAAGUGCUUAGUCUAACUUGUCAUUACAACAUUUGUGUUAGUGAUGGUUUCUUUUUCUGUAUCACAGUCGAUAGUCUUGCCCCCACAGAUUCCAAAUACAUCAACUGCUCACUUCUAGACUGAUUCCAGGAGCCUUAUUUCCAGCUAUCACAACGAAAACCCUGCAUCUGGCAGUUUAUGCCCGGCACAGAUGAAUUAUGAGAGAGGGUGAAAAUUCCUUCUGGCAGCUAUCCAACUGGAACUUGAUGAAUCUAGGUGUAACAGCUUCGGGAUGCUUCAUAUGCUUGCAGCAACCAGUGGCAAAGUGCCGACUUCCCGCUAGUGGUUUCUAUAUCUCAUUGAGUGUAUUCUAAAUGCUACUAUAUAAACUAUACCAACGUAUGCGUAACAUUAUAGAGUAAGAUCAAUUUGGAAAGCAUAUAUCCGACUGGAACUUGAUGAAUCUAGGUGUAACAGAUUCGGGAUGUGGAAUACAUGUGAGUAAUCAGUGUGCUACAUGCACUGAAUCUAUUUGAAAUGGAAGGAGUUCAGGGAUGUGCUGUUCCUGAGUAGGGGCAAGCAAUUGAGUAGGUUCCAUAGGCCUGGUCUAGUGCACGUUUAUGUGAGCAUAAGUCUGUAUUUACUUGGAUGAAUAUCGACAAAUGCACUGAUAAAAAAUCAUGCAAAUUAUCAGAUGGUUUAGCGGGAAUAAUUGAGAAUACUUGGGUUUAACCUGCCAUAUACUUACCGCUCUUCUGUUUGUUGAAGGAUGGUGGUGGAAGGCAAUGCACCUGACAGGGUACCUUCCUUAACACGGUCAGAGAUUCUGAAUCCUGCAUCAGUUGCAUAUGACAAUCAAAAUGUAUCAGCUUUUCAUGUAGGAGACAUUCCAAACUCUUUUUCCCCGAACCUUCCACCAGAGCAACAUGGACCUGGUUUCGGUAAGUUGAUUGACGUAAAAAGUGACAUGAAGGCAAUGCACCUGACAGGGUACCUUCCUUAACACGGUCAGAGAUUCUGAAUCCUGCAUCAGUUGCAUAUGACAAUCAAAAUGUAUCAGCUUUUCGUGUAGGAGACAUUCCAAACUCUUUUUCCCCGAACCUUCCACCAGAGCAACAUGGACCUGGUUUCGUUCACAACCUACAUCAGGGAUGUAAUAAUCCACCACGGCUUCCACAUCCAUCUACUAUCUCCAGAUUGAUUCCACAAGCCCUAUUUCCAGCUCUCUCAAAGCAAACCCUGCAUCAAGCAGUUUCUGCUCAGCACAGAUGAUCAAUUGUGAGAGAGUGAUGCCGAUGCAUGCAACUGAUACACUACCUCUUCAAGCAUUUAUGAAGCCGAUGAUUCCAAAUCAUGCAUCAGUCGCAUAAAAAGAUGGAACACAGAAGUCACAUUUUGGUUCACAGAACAGUCAUACUUUCUCAUUUGUCAGCCCCCUCCAACCGAGCAAUGAGGGACACAGCAACAAUGGCCAAAUUUCAUGGAGCAACAAGGGCCUGGCUCCAGUAAGUUGGCAGGCACAAAAUUCGGCUCGCUACAUUCUGCUACAUUCUGAAGCUAUUCAUGUUUCUCUCUGAAGAUAAAAUCUAUGGAUAUAUAUUUCUUCUACUAGUCUCUAAGUUAGGUAUGGUUUCCAUCCAUUCAUCAAUUUACAUGUCUCGAAAAAAAGAGAUGGCACUGACAACAAUUGAAGUGGAAACUGCAUUAGCCAGACUAUGCUAGCCUUCCACAGAUUACUUCGGUUGCAUAGCAUGCAGAGAUGAUUUUGCGUCAGGUUUUGAAGCCUGAAUUUGAUCAAGGCCAGAGCAGGUUAGCUCAAUUAUGUUUUCCCCUGCUCUCUCUCACAGCUGCAUGUAGUAGUUCAUGUCUCUUAAAGCAGACAAAUCUAUGCUUAGAUUGAGUUCUAUUCCUAUUCGAGGCUUCAAUUGGUUACCUA